UCCAAGGGUGACUCCUAGGGCAAAUUAUUAUAGUAUAAUUUUUAAAACACGCAUUUUUUAUAGAUACUCUGCCAACUGAACAGAAUGACUGAUUCGUGCCUGCAGCUGCUCCUUGUCUUGAUGGUAACAGGGCUGUCAACGUGUGUGGCACAAGUGUGCGGCAGGCCUCCGCUAGGUAAACGCAUUGUGGGAGGAGUUGAAGCAUCAGCAGGUGCGUGGCCAUGGCAAGUGGACAUUCAGAUGGGAGCCAACGGUCAUGUUUGCGGUGGAUCCAUAAUUGCAAAAAAUUGGGUCCUCUCUGCUGCACACUGCUUUCCCAACCCCUCAGAAGUGUCUUCAUAUCGCCUGUACAUGGGACGCCAUCUGCUUAAUGGCUAUAACCAGUUUGAGAUGGUCAGUCAGGUGCAGCGGGUGGUUGUUCCAGAAGGAUACUCAAGUCCUCAGGAGGGCAGAGAUGUAGCCUUAGUGCAGCUGCGCUCUCCGGUCACCUGGUCAGACAGGAUUCAACCUGUGUGUCUGCCAUAUGCUGGCUUCCAGUUCAACAGUGGAACCUUAUGCUACGUUACGGGCUGGGGACACGCUCAAGAGGGCGUCUCCCUCACUGGAGUUGGGGCGCUACGGGAAGUGGAAGUGCCCAUUAUCGACCAGUCUUCCUGCCAAUCAAUGUAUCAGAUUUUGUCAUCUGAUUUAGUAACAGUUGACGUCCUAUCAGACAUGAUCUGUGCUGGAUAUAUGGAGGGAGGCAAGGAUUCCUGUCAGGGGGACUCUGGAGGGCCUCUGGUUUGUCCUGUUGGCAAUGGGACGUGGAUUCAGGCAGGAGUUGUGAGUUUUGGACUUGGGUGUGCUCAGAAGAACCGACCAGGUAUCUACUCCAGAGUCUCAAGCUUUGCGAGCCUCAUCCGCACCACAGUUCCAGAAGCUCCCUUUUUUGGUCAUGCCUGGAGGAGUGAAAGUCAAACAACUCUGGUUCUAGGCCUCUCUAUUGCGUUAGUAGUCUUUUGGAGAUAGUAGAUUCCUUAAGUAGAUGCAAUGUACAAGUUAAACACAGUCUUACAUUUUUAAACACCACCAGUUUUGUCUGUGGGGCAUUGAUUUGCCAUGUUUUUGAAUGCUGUUGUGGUGCAAAAAUGUAAUCAAUGCAAAGCUUCAGAGGUGUUGCAGAUUAUUUUUUAAUAAUGUAAUAUGUACCAUGU